ACGUGAAUCGGAGUCUGAAGAGGGGCGGCGUCACCGCUCAGCCGGCAGCUCGCGAAGAAAGACAGGGGUAGAAAGGAGAGAGAGAAAGGAAAACACAAGCCUACUCCCGAUUUGAUCUGGUCCCGCCAGAGUUUCCCCCACUCUUCCAACACAGACCCAUCAUCCUCCCAACAGCUCCAACCCCCUGUAAUCCACAGUCCGAUAGAGAGCCCACAGGCUGCUGCUUCGACUGCUGGAGCCGGCUGCGAUUCAUCGGAUUUUAUUUCUUCUGCUCUAAUCCAUCUGGAUUUACAAAUACACUAACUCACCUCCUGGUUUGACUUUUGAAAUUGUUAUUUUUCUUUUAAAUUUUGACUUUUGUCCGAUUUGUAACUUUUGUUCUGUAGCCAGUCAUUUUGGUUAUCCAUUUUUAUUUUUUAUUUUUACAUUUUUAUCCUGUAGCGUGAAUUCCAGUUUCUGUUUGAGAGCGGUGUGACAGGGGAGCUGGUUACGCUGUUUAAUUUUUACUAUCGAAACUUUUUGAUUUCUUUAAAUUAAGUUUUUUUUUAUUUCCUUUUUUAUUUUCCAUAUUUUUGGACUGUGACAAACAGUAAGCCACCAUGCACAAACUAUAUAUUGGGAAUCUAGGCGACAGCGUGACUGCCGAGGACUUGAUCAAAACCUUCGAGGAUCACAAGAUUCCAUACUCCGGACAGUUCCUAAUGAAAAACGGCUAUGCCUUUGUGGACUGUCCUGAUGAUCACUGGGCAAUGAAAGCAAUCGAGACUUUUUCGGGUAAAGUGGAACUUCAUGGGAAACGUAUUGAGGUCGAGCACUCUGUACCCAAGAAGCAGAGGACCAGAAAACUGCAGAUCAGAAACAUUCCGCCUCACCUGCAGUGGGAGGUGCUGGAUGGUCUGUUGGCUCAGUGUGGAACCGUUGAAAACUGUGAACAAGUCAACACAGACAGCGAGACUGCAGUGGUUAACGUUACAUAUGCAUCCCGGGAACAAGCAAGGCAAGCCAUCCAGAAGCUGAACGGAUACCAGUUAGAGAGCAACGCCCUGCGUGUCUCCUACAUCCCUGACGAGACCUCUGACAUGGAGGGGGGCCAACGGGGAACUGAAAACGGCCGUCGCCCUGGUUACGGGCCCCGUGGCGGACUCCGUGGGGGGUCCCCUAGCUCCGGAAUGCCCCCUAAGCCUCCACACGCUGACAUCCCCCUCAGACUGCUGGUCCCCACGCAGUACGUGGGAGCCAUCAUCGGCAAAGAGGGAGCCACCAUUCGCAACAUCACCAAGCAGACGCAGAGCAAGAUCGAUGUUCACCGCAAAGAGAACGCGGGUGCUGCUGAGAAGCCUAUUAGCAUCCAUUCCACUCCUGAGGGCUGCUCAGCCGCCUGCAGGAUGAUCCUGGAGAUCAUGCACCAGGAGGCUAAAGACACCAAGACAGCUGAUGAGGUUCCUCUCAAGGUUCUGGCCCACAACAACUUUGUUGGCCGCCUUAUUGGGAAGGAGGGACGCAACCUGAAAAAAGUUGAACAGGACACGGACACCAAGAUAACCAUCUCACCUCUGCAGGACCUGACCCUGUACAACCCAGAGAGAACCAUCACAGUCAAAGGCUCCAUUGAGGCCUGCUGUAAGGCUGAGGUCGAAAUUAUGAAGAAGGUCAGAGAGGCCUAUGAGAAUGACAUUGCAGCGAUGAAUCAACAAACUCACCUGAUCCCUGGACUUAACCUGGGGGCUCUGGGCCUCUUCCCCCCUUCAUCCAACAUGCCCCCCCCACCGCCUGGAAAUGCAGUUGGAGGAACCCCCUACGGCUCCUUUGGGGCCCCAGAGCAGGAGACUGUUCAUGUGUACAUCCCAGCACAAGCAGUGGGGGCUAUUAUCGGCAAGAAGGGACAGCACAUCAAACAGCUGAGCCGUUUCGCUGGAGCCUCGAUUAAGAUUGCACCAGCUGAAACUCCAGACUCUAAGAUGAGGAUGGUGAUUGUGACCGGACCUCCAGAAGCUCAGUUCAAGGCUCAGGGAAGAAUCUACGGCAAACUGAAAGAGGAGAAUUUUUUUGGCCCUAAAGAGGAAGUGAAACUGGAAACUCACAUCAAGAUGGCUGCUGCUGCUGCAGGAAGGGUCAUCGGCAAAGGAGGAAAGACGGUGAAUGAGCUGCAGAACCUGACAGCAGCUGAGGUGGUGGUCCCUAGAGAGCAGACACCUGAUGAAAACGAUCAGGUUAUUGUCAAGAUUAAUGGACAUUUCUACGCCAGCCAGCUGGCUCAAAGGAAGAUCCGAGACAUCCUGACGCAGGUCAAAAUGUCCCAAAAAGGUGGGAUGGGUAUGGGCCCCGGGACCCACCCUCAGGGCUUCACUGAGAUGGGGAGCCCCACACAGGGCCUGACUCAGGACCACCAGCCACGCAGGAAGUGAGGGUCUCCUCACAUUGCUGUGGGACUCCCCCGCCCCACACACCUGACGGACACAUGCAGACGGACAGACGAACGGAUACAGAAGAGUAAAACGCAGACCCAGCAAUAGACAGGAUGGAAGUACGCCUGACAGCCACUGAGAAACAUCCUCAGUGAGAAAAAUCUAAAAUUAAUUAAAUCAAAAGAUGAAAUGAUUGGGAUAAAAAGAAACUUGAAAACAAAGACCCAGUGCCAGGCCAGAAGAGAGACUGAGUGUGGAUGAGACGAUGAAGAGAAGGGGGGAUGAGUCAGGCACCAUGGUGUGGCUGCACAAAGCUCCUGGCUCGCUGCAGUUCUCACACACACUUUGGAUCGAUGGCUUUCAUUGACAGGCAGGCGGUUCUCUCCAUGAAGUGAUGGAGAGCUGGUGUAGUUAAUGAAACCUGUGUGAGUCUCAGCUCCACUAGCCUGUGUGCAGCCGCUCCGACGCUUCAUUCCUCCACACACCUCUCCAAACAUCUGCAGUCAGUCUGAUAUUUUAAGGGCGUUUUUUAACAUAGAGAUAUAUGUAUAGAAAUGUUUUAUUCAGAGCUAUUAUGAUAAGAAUGCAGUGAGGCGGAGCUGGGAGAGGGAGUCUGGAAGCUGCUGCAGCGGGCGCAGGUGGGCCAGCUCUGGGGUCCUGAGGAGGGGGGCCGUAGAUGCUAACACUGCUCUUUAAACAGCUCUCUAAAAAGCAGCUGGAGCUGAAUGAAAAAAAAAAUGAAGAAAAUAUGAGGUUGUAAAUAUAUAAUCUUCAAGUUAUUGUUUAAAAUGCUGCGUCUGAACCACGUUUUUU